AUGGCUCCUGUCGGGGUGUGGCUUCCAUGGGCAGAAGUCGUUGCUCUCGCAGCACCGUGGGGGUGGGCUCGUGAAGCUUGCGCAGACGCUGCCUCUGUCUUGGUCGACUUGGGGGCAGCCGAGGUAGAGAAGUCUUGCGGAGUGCGCGGUGCAGACAGUGAAGCUUACGUGCGCGUGCGGCUGCUGCCAGUGAACGACGAGGAUGGCAUGGACGGAGUGCUGUCAGUGUCUAGCUCGGAGUCGGAGGAUGAAGCUGUUGUGGAAGAUGACGUUCCCAGUACGCCACUUCUGCAGCAGCCAUCCUGCAGUGGUUCGUUCGGGAUGGACAUAGACAUGCCACUGCCGGCAUCAUUUCAAGAGAACGAACUAGCCUUGUUGCCCGUCUUUUUUAACUUGUGGUCUCUGCAAGAAGAAGAAAAGAGUGCGGGCAUCACAGAUGGGCUUGGUGUUGACAUCCCUGCGUGGGCUGCAGAGCUGUUUGGCAAUGGCCUUCCUUGGACAAAGGAACUAGUGCAGGACUUUUGCAGCCUCCGCCAGGACAGCAAAGCAGUUCAGAGUGGGGAAGGGGGUCCGUUCUUGGUCUGCUCCCGCCGCGGCUGUCCAGGAAUGGAAGCAACUCCCACGGCAGUGGCUGAAGUGGUGGCCUCAAUGCUGGUCCAAGGUAGUCUCGAGGAAGCGGCCGAUCUGGAGACGGGGCUCCAUGCAGAAGCCAAAGCGGGGUUUCCUGCAGAUGAAGAGAAGACCGGAUUCGGAAGCACCUGCUACAGCAUGGCCACCUUGCCUACCGCAAUGCGUGUCCUGCGUGUGGAUCGCGCUUCGAAAAGCUUGAAAACUCAAGCUGCCAUUCUCUUCUGCGCUGCGUGGGGUGUUCAACAAUCUUUAGUUCCGGCCCUCAUCAAGGAUGCGAAAAGGACCAGUGUCGAAACUGUCUAUGGCUACUGGCGCGAAGCUGUGAAAACCUGGGUGGUCGACCUCCAGCACCAUGGCAAGUUCGGAACGGGCAGCAGUUCUUCAUCUCGCGGUCCGCGCGACGAGUUCGAGAUCGACGAAGCUUGCUUCCGAAAGCAGUUGGCCUCUGAUGAGGACGUCCAGUGGAUUGAGUAUGUGGGUAUGAAGAGACGCGGAGAUCCCUCUUCUUUAUAUCUCGAAGAAAGAGAUGCGAAGCAGUCCAAGUCUACUCGAAAGCCCACUGGUGGAUCGUGCCCUCCGCCAUACACAAGAGAAGAGUUCCUGGACUUAGCUCGUAGGAAGAUAACAACUGGAGCUCAUCAACACACAGAUGGCGCCCAGGCGUAUGCUGUAGAUUUACCUGGUGUUGUGCGUGACAAAGUCAAGCACAAGAAGAACGAGUUCACGAAGCCUGGGGCAGUCCCAGGAACUUGGGCCGGAACACAGUCCCUUGAUGGCUGGUGGGGGCAUGCCAAAAAGGCAUGCGUUGGGGUCAAUGCUCAAGCUCAAAAUGCGUUGAGCAACCAUGUACAUGAAGCUCAGUGGAGACACUGGACACUUCAAGCCGACAAGUGGCUCGAGUGCGGUGCACUUCUGGGCCUGCUGGAAUGGAAGGACCUCCAGCAGCAGCUGAUAACCACUGGGGAGCACACGGUGCAGCCUGCAAGGGCCGCCUCUUUCAUUGUGAAUGCGGCCCUUUCUUCUACUCCUUGA